AUGUCUGCUGAAGUUGCAAGCAACACCGCCGCUGAGGCUCAGGCCGAUGCUCCCGCUCAAAACGGUACCACCCUCAACACCAACGUUCCGAACGAGGGCGCCGGUGAGAGCGGUGAACAGACUCCUCAAUCUGCCGCUCCCAACGCCAGCCACUCCGCCUCUCUCUAUGUCGGCGAGCUCGACACUUCCGUCACUGAGGCUAUGCUCUUCGAACUCUUCUCUUCUAUCGGCCAGGUCGCCUCCAUCCGCGUCUGCCGUGACGCUGUCACCCGUCGUUCCCUCGGAUAUGCCUACGUUAACUACAACAACACCGCCGACGGCGAGCGCGCUCUCGAUGACCUGAACUACACCAGCAUCAAGGGCAAGCCAUGCCGCAUCAUGUGGUCGCAGCGUGACCCUGCUCUGCGCAAGACUGGCCAAGGCAAUGUCUUCAUCAAGAACCUCGACGCUGCCAUUGAUAACAAGGCUUUGCACGAUACUUUUUCCCAGUUCGGCAAUAUUCUUAGUUGCAAGGUUGCUCAAGAUGAGUUGGGCAACUCCAAGGGCUAUGGCUUCGUCCACUACGAGACCGCCGAGGCCGCCAACAAUGCUAUCAAAUCCGUCAAUGGAAUGUUGCUCAACGACAAGAAGGUCUUUGUCGGCCAUCACAUCCCCAAGCGCGACCGCAUGUCCAAGUUUGAGGAGAUGAAGGCCAAUUUCACCAACGUCUACAUCAAGAACAUCGACGAGUCCGUGUCAGAUGACGAUUUCACCAAGCUCUUUGAGCAAUACGGCGAUGUCAUCUCUGCCACUAUUACUCGCGAUGAGACUGGCAAGAGCCGUGGCUUCGGGUUUGUUAACUACACCACCCAUGAGUCCGCUUCCAAGGCCGUGGACGAGCUCAACGACAAGGACUUCCACGGCAAGAACCUGUACGUUGGCCGUGCCCAGAAGAAGCACGAACGCGAGGAAGAGCUGCGCAAGCAGUACGAGCAGCAGCGCAUGGAGAAGGCCUCCAAAUAUCAGGGAGUCAAUCUCUACAUCAAGAAUCUGACCGACGAUGUUGAUGACGAGAAGCUGCGUGACCUUUUCAGCGCCUAUGGCACCAUCACUUCUGCUAAGGUCAUGCGUGACGCGACCGAUACUGCCGUCUCUGACGACGAAGAAAAGGACAAGGAGAACAAGCACGAAGAGGCCGAGAAGCCUGCCGACGAUGCUAAGAAAGACGAGGAGAAGGAGGAUGGAGACGAUAAAGAAGACGACAAAGAAGACGUCAAGGAGAUUAAGAAGGAUGGCAAGACUCUUCAGCGCCACUUCGGUAAGAGCAAGGGCUUCGGCUUCGUCUGCUUUAGCAACCCGGAUGAAGCCUCCAAGGCCGUGUCCGAGAUGAACCAGAAGAUGGUCAACGGCAAGCCCCUCUAUGUUGCCCUUGCCCAGCGCAAAGAUGUCCGCAAGAACCAGCUUGAGGCUAGCAUCCAGGCUCGCAACACUCUGCGCCAGCAGCAGCAGGCUGCCGCUGCCGGCAUGCCUCAAGGAUACAUGCAACCUCCUGUCUUCUACGGUCCCGGCCAGCAAUUCAUGCCUGGCCCGGGUGCUCAGCGUGGUGGUUUGCCGUUCGCUGCCCAGCCUGGUAUGAUGAUGCCUGGCAUGCAGGGAGGCCGUGGUCAGUUCCCUGGUCAGUUCCCUCAACAGGGCCGUGGCAUGCCCCAAGGUCAGCAAAUGCCUCCUCAAUUCGGCAUUCCUGGCCAGAUGCCAUUCCUGCAGAACCCUGCUCUUGCCGCCAACGGCAUGUACAACCCUCAAGCGCUCGCUCAGAUGGCGCAGAUGCAGCAACAACAGCAGCAGCAGGGCGGUCGUGGCCAGGCUGGUCGUGGUCAAAUGGGCAUGCAGGGCAUGACUCCUGGCAUGCAAGGUAUGCAAAACCCCCGUGGCGGUCAGCAGAACUUCCCUCAGGGUGGCCGUGGUGGCAUGCAGGGCAUGCCUCCUAUGGGCGGUCGCCCUGCUCCUCAAGGUCGUGGCCAAUCCAACCGUGAGGACAUUGGCGGCACAAGCACACUCUCUGGUCUUGGUUCCAUGCCUCCUCAACAGCAGAAGCAGAUGCUUGGUGAGGCCAUCUACCCCAAAAUUCAGGCGAUUCAGCCCGAGCUUGCCGGCAAGAUCACCGGUAUGCUCCUUGAGAUGGACAACUCCGAGCUCGUGUCUCUUGUUGAUGAUGAUGCUGCUCUUCGCAACAAAGUCGAUGAGGCGCUGGCGGUGUAUGAUGACUACAUGAAGUCUCGCAGCAAGGACGGCGCCAACGGCACCGCCGAGGGCGAGUCUGGCGGAGAGGCUAACGCUGCCUAA